AUGUCUCUCAAUGGGCUAGAUAAUCCCGCUGUCAUAGAAGCCUAUCAAACCGCUUUAAGCGAAGCGGGAGGAUGGUUUCUUCUCCAAUAUGUGUCAAGGGAUGAAGUGGCUCUACUCGAUCGGGGGACCGGCGGGGUGCCCGACGUACGGAAUGCGAUCGACGGUUAUGAAGAAAAGUCUCCGCUUUAUGGAUUUCUACAAUAUCGUCGCAGGAAGGUAGUGCUCAGCUAUCUGCCAGAGGGUAUCUCUCGGCUCGUACAGGCCCGUACAACCGUGCAGUUUCAGUCGAUUCUGGAUAAAUUCUCUCCACAUGAUACUGUAUUCUCUCUUUCACAGCCAUCGGAGCUCACUGAGAGCGCACUAUCUUCCGCAUGUCUACUACAUACCGCUUCAGGUUCUAUCACCUCCUCCUCGAAUUCCCUCCGCCGUCGCAGGCUGAUGGAAAUCGCGGAAGAUGCAGAGGAAACCCCCGGAAGCAAAGACGCUUCGCCAGCCCCAGUCUCGACCAAGGACUUUCGGCAAAGGUCCUUCAGCCAACUAUCAGAAGCAACAAUCGUCGCCUCUCCGGUUGCGUCCGACGCACAUUCUAUUCGCCAUGGCACCGAGACAUCGUCGUCGACGAAAACCCCGGAUGACACCCAAGCCAACGAUCGUCCUCCUUCGAUUGCCGGCGACCACGACUCCGAGCGCCCGGCUUCGCGAAAAACCUCGCGGGACGAGCUGUCAUACUCCGAGCCCCGACGGUCUAGUCAAUCGGCUAGGCCAUCUUUAAAAGAUCUGGAACGCACAGGUGUGUACAAACCAAAGGUUAAGCUCGGUCCUCGGCCUUCGGUAGAUGAAAGUGGACGGCCACGCACUGCAGGGAAUCUGUCACGAAGCGCAGAACAGCGACCGGUCGCGUCCUUGCCAGCUGGCAUGCGGUCGUCUUCUCUGCGAAGGAGCAAUCCCAGUCCCGCUCGUCCCCGAUCCCAGGGAAGCACUGUAGCAUCUAUGUCUGGCCGAACGGUCCCUCCCGUGCCUCCUUUACUCGUACCUCCCCUGUCAAUGCCUAUUUCUAGACCCCAGCUGUCGCCUGGCGCCAAGUCAUUAAGCGCAUUAUCAUCCUCCGGAACAUCCCAGGAAAGGGAACGGCUAAUGAAAGCACUUCAGCUACGGAAAACACAGAUGGAGAAAAAGGCACAAGAAGGGAAGAAAAUUCACCAAGAUGUUGGGGAGAGAAAAGAACCACAAUUCGACCCGAUUGAGGACAAGGAGAACAUUAGUCAUGCCCAUGACCACAUGAAGCGUGUUCAAGCAGACGAGAAUAAGUCUAGUGUUCUAGAGCAUAGCAAGGGUCCCCUGUCGGAGACUCAGCCGACCGUUGUUCCAGAACCAGUCGAGGUACACGAUGAGCACAUAAAAGCCGUUUCGGAUACCGUAAUCUCGGAAUCAACCCCUGACAUGUCGAUCACUGAUCUGCGAGAUAUUUCUGAAACAAGUGAGGAAAAUAAGGACGAUGCUAAAGAGUUUCCAAAUACGGGCCACUGCCAGGCUGCUUCUGUGCUUGAAGAUGACGUUGCCGAUGAGGAUUUGACUAAGUCAAUUGACGAAGAGACUAAAAGUGGUCCCGGCUCGCCUAGCGCGGCCAAAGAAGUCCCACUUGAAGAGAGGUCCCUCAACAUUCCAGACGAAGAAAUUGCCGUGCGUUCUCCACCAGCCGAGAGUCCUCUUGCUCCUGUUGAACGGGAGACCGACGCCAUUGGAGAACCUGCCGAGUCUGCCCUGCCUCAGUCCAUCCCCGUACUUUCGACCCCCGAUUCUCGCACAAGUUACACUUCCUACUCCCCGACAACCCACGAUACUCACGUUACUGAGACACAGAAUGACCUGACCCCUGAAGUAUUGGUCACGGAGCAAAAGGACAUCGACACCCGGAAGGAGAAGCGUAGACCUCACCUUGAACCCAUUCAAGUGCCAACACCGGAUUAUUCGGAUGACGAUAAUCUUUCCGAUGAUUCAUUCAUGGAAGAAUUAAAGAGCGCCACACUAGAGGAAGCCAAGCCCAUUUCAGUUGGGAACUCACCGCUAUCCCCGGGCUAUUCUAAUAAUGGAAACGACCGAAGCCCCCCUGAUGCAUGGAAAAAUUCACGAGCGGUUUCCAACCCAAGUGCUAUCGGACGCCAACCACUCAACAUACACGCACUAGCUGUGGGAAGGUCUGUAUCGACACCUUACAAUGAAGCUGACAGCUCUGUUCUGGUGGCGAAGAAGAUCAAUGUGUCGUCGGGCAUCUCAAAACGCAUCGCAGCCUUAGAGAAAUUUUCGAGCCGAGGCGAUGCGCAACCAAGCUCAAAUCAAACCUUAGCAGCACCUUCGUCGGCUUCCUUCGAGGCUCUCAGGAAGAGAGCCUCCGUCUCAUUGAAUGGUAAUUCAGACUCAGCGCCAGGAUCUAGGCAUGGAUCGUUCACUCCUGAAAGUUUCUCUCGAGCUUCCAGCGUGAGGCGCCCCGACUCACAAUCUAGUGCAAGCGUCAAACGUACAAAUUCCGUGUCGGUCACAGCCCGGAUAAUUCGUGAUUCAAAUACUACACCAGGAGAUUCCAAGGCCGAUCCUUCAGAGAACAGCGUGCUCGAUCUCCAAGCUAGUCCCCUGAUAGUUGAACAUACCACCUGUGACUCUCCUUCGUCCGAUCCGUCGCCAGAACCUAUGGCUAGCGAGUCGAAAGAGCGCAGCAUGUCUACGUCUUCCGUUGGCUCGAGUAACCAGCCUCCAGCGCCGUCAAUGCCACGGUCAGAUAGUCGGAUGUCUGUCUCUUCUUCCUCCAAGACUGAAGACGCUUCAAAACCUGUCGUGGAUGCCCCUUCGUCUCCCGAAGGAAAGAAAGAGUCUCGCGCUUCCCGACUUCUUCGUCGUAUGUCAUCUAUCACCUCAACUUCGCGGAAGAGUCCAUUUAGCUCACUAGGCCCUGUGGUUAAAGAAAGCACGCCGCUUGAUACAGGAGUCGAAAUCCCGCAGGCAGUUGACAUCGGAGAGGUCAAUGUUCAGUUCCCCGACACGCUGCUCUGGAAGCGACGAUUUGUUCGCGUUGAUGAUAAGGGGUACUUGGUUCUGACUCCUGGAAAUAUUGAUUCAAGUAACCGCAACAUGGUCAAACGAUACCAUCUAAGUGAAUUUAGGACGCCCGCGUUGCCGGAUGAGGAUCGACAGGAGCUUCCAAACAGUAUUUUGCUGGAUUUCCUCGACGGGAGCACACUUCAAUGCGCCUGCGAGUCACGACAAGGGCAAGCCUUUGUCCUUCGAACUCUUGUCGAUGCUCACAACGCCCAUCAACAACUGUCUCAAUAA